AUGGCUGAUGUUAUACUGCCGGAGCUCCAGAUUAUGUUGCCAAAGCUCAAGGUAAACCACCAUAAGCACGGAAAUACCAACCUAGGGCAACCCGGCAUCCCCGCCGGCGCUCACAUUAGUCAGGGACAGAACGAAGUUCACUGGAUAAUGCUCGGCUUCAGACGUGCUGCCCCACACCAUCUGCCCAGGCUCGAUAGCUUUUUGAGAACCUUGGCAUCCCAUCCCGUUCGGCGCACACCAACCCCAUUCGCCUCGGAAGUGCCGCUGAGACGUGACACUCGCUGCGUUGCGUUGCGUUGCGUUGCGUUGCGUUGCGUUGCGUUGCGUUGCGUUGCGUUGCGUUGCGUUGCGUUUCUGCCCGGUCUGUCGCCCUCUUAUGAGACAGAAUCGUCUCACUUUCCCGUCCACUCCACCCAAGUGGGUGACAUAGUCGUUGGCCGCUCUAUGACCCUAGCUCUUUUCCUACUGUUCUUUAAGGGCGAUGAUAUUCUGCCAGCACCUGCCGAUAUCCCGCCCCCAAGCGAAGAUGGCCCCUAA